CAUCAAUCACAUAUUUCUUCCCCUCAAGUUGCCGCAAGGGAGUGACCAAUCCCUUGAGAACGACCUGGCCUUAUCCCAGGCAGUAUUCGAAGCUGCUAUCACCUUCAUUGACCUGCUGCCAUCCGAUAAGCUGCUGCUUUGGACGAGCACCUUGAGAAUGCUUCGCAAUCUCAAAGAUUCAAUCAGGUUCAGCAUGAUGUCUGCAAAAGAAGUCGAAUCUCAAAUCAAAGCUAUGAACACUGAAGAUGUCCUUGUAUAUUUCAUUCGCGCGCAAAACGCUGCGGUGGUCAUGAGAAAACUCGAAUCCGAGACCAUAUUCGAGUCAUUUGAGGUCUCUCCUGACCCUACCGCAGUGAUGGGCACAAAGGGAAAGCUGAUAUGCUCUUAUCCUGGACCUGCUAUCACAGUCCCAGAUAUGAACAUCAAUGACGCCACCUUUCCCGCCGAGCUGGCGAAUUUUCUCGUUCACAUGGAUCAAGAUGUCCUUGAUGCAGCAGCGACGAGGACAAAGGCUAAUUCCACUGUUCUCGAAGAGAGAGAAACCACGCAUCCGCGAUAUAUCACGGAACUCCUGACCGGUAUACUGCGUGGCCUCGGGAGCAUCGCUGAUGUCCCUCGCAUCCGCAAGCGCAUUGGAGAUGAUGUGCUGUGGGACAGCGCCAAGUUGCCGUGGAGGCGGUCUCCACUUUGGCUUGUCAUUCGCGUUGCCUUACAGACGACUCUGGAGCGCAGUACUCUCGGACGGACAACGUAUAAAUCAUUCAUGCUGUUUUUCAUGGCGAGGCUCACAACCCUUGCCCUCGACCAUAACAUGUCGAAUGACAUCUUACACUUCAUAUCGGCAAAGAUCGCACGCCGUCUUUUCAAGCUCGGAUCCUCUGCUUCUCCAGAGUUAUCGCAGAUGGUCACCGUUGUUACCAAGGAUGUAAGGAGUGUCCUGGAGGAAAGAUGGGGGUCUGUCGAGAACGCACAACGGGCCUCGCCUCUUUGGGCUCCGGAGACCCUCCAAAUCUUGCAAGAUACCCAUCUUUCCUUGAACACGAGUCGACAGUACAUACGCCAAGCUUUGCAGAACCAGCAUUCAUCCCCUCAGACAACCUCAUUCAAUCCCAGCCACCACACGCGCGGGACAAUCAAUAAUUUCCUUGACACCAAAGCUAGCUUCCUGAUAGCUGCUCAUGCCGCGGAACCGUCUCUUGCCCUUGCAGACUUCGAGACUUCUAUUAGUUCGGGGAUUGACGACUGGGUGGCACGCAUUCCACUCCGGAGUAUCGAUUCCGCAUGCAUCUCGAUUGAGGCAUGCGCCUCUGCGUACUCCUCGAGAGCGCUUAAGGCUUAUAAAGGGAACCCGGAGAAUUUGUCUAUCAUGCUUCUCACCCUUUUUGAGCUCUGGGUAGCGAUGGAUAGGAUCGUUGUUGGACAAAUCCCACUCUUGGCAGAAUACUCCCCCGAAAUUCCAUUGACGCUUUGGGAGUGUCUCUUAAUCCGCAAAGCUUCUGCCCUUGAUCGUUUGAAGAAAUUGCAAACCUACUUGAAAGCUCGUCAUUGCCAGGCCUCUAGCCGUCUGUCGGCACUUUCGUUUACCAACGAUGACAAGUCGUUCGCGGCGCAAUAUUUUUACCAGUCAUCCGGGCUGCAAAGUUUAAAGGUUCAUAUCGAAGCAGAUGGUCAGAAACAACGGGAGAAGAAGUUGACUGAGCUUCAGACCCUAAACAAGAGGUAUAGUGACCUAGGGAUGCGCGUAGAAAGUUUGGACCACAAAUACACUGUCGACCCCCGCAGCGGCUCGCAGAGUCACAAGAAAAAGUGUUGUCAGAAGUGUCAUGUGGAGAAGGAGAUGAAAUCCAUGAAGAUUCAUGUUCACGAGUGGCCGCUACCAGAGCGUGAACAGGAGGCGAUAGCGGUCGUGUUCGAGCUAGCAUGCCCCGUUGCAUUUGACAUGUGGAGAUCUAUGACAUUUCAUGUCUUCGUUGACAUCUGCACUCCAGAGAAGAUUUCGUCCACUCAUCCCUUCAUGGCAUUGCCAAAAUAUGAUGUCUUGAGGCAAUAUCGCACGUGCCAUGCAAAACAACGGCUCACUUUGGCAUCGGAUGCCAAACCUUUCUCCAAGUGUCACUACAGUAAUACUCACAUUCCUGCGUCGGACACCAAAGUCUGUGUAAAUAACGGACUCCGAUUUCGGCCUUUCGACACAACGACAGGCGCAUGGGUAACAAACGCACUACUACGAUGCGACGUCACCAAGAUGUGCACUUUCAUUCUCCCGAAGGGACCAUAUAGUGGUUUGCAGCAGUACCUUGCAGGGACAUCCCACACGUCAAACGAAGUCAUAGCCAAUCAGGCGGACUGUCACAAAGACGUGACCAUCCACGAGUUCAUCGCAUUUGGAACCUUGCGGAGUGGACCGCGUUUGCAAUGGAUGAAUAUCCUACGUGAACUCCGUGGAAGGACACUCAAUCUUCGACGCGAGGAGGUUCAUCUACUGUUGGCCCAAGCUAUUUCACAGGUUGGCCCAUUUUCGUCCGACGACAGCCUUGUUUGGCACGAGGAAUUGAACAGCGUGCCCUUCCUUGGUGCAAUACUCGGAGAGCUGGAGGAUUUGGUGACGGGCGUUGAAGGAAAUUGGUUGGAAGGUGUCACAAUCAGCACUAUCGUCAUGCUUGUGUCCCGCGUCUUGUCCUCCACUCAGGAAAAGAGUGUCAAAAGUCACGGAUAUCUGCUCCUUCAAAGGAUACGAAUUGCGACUUUUACGUUGCUGACGCAACUAUUAGAGAAAAUGCAUGCCAGCAACGAGGAGACGGUCAGCCGAGAUUUACAAGGACGCAUUCGGGAUAUGGCAAUCACCUGUCGCAGCACUUUCGAUGUCGACGGAGACACUUCACUGCUCCUGACGUCGAACGAUGACAUCAAGGUAUUUGCAUAUUGUGCGGUCAUGAUCUAUGAUAACACUCCAAGCCAACUGGACAAUCUUCCGCAACAUUCCAAGUUACUGCUAGAACGAGACAAGAGAUGUUGCCACGCGUUAGAACCCGCUAUUCGUCGAUAUGCAGAGUUUCACAGGGAGGGUCUUGAUUGCGCGGUGGCCAAGAUUUGGGGCAGCUACAGACCAGGAACUCCCUGGAGGGCACUGGCAGCUCCGAAUUCUCGUUGGCUCCUGGCGCAGACUGCGCCUUCUCAUUCCCAAUUACCACAGGACGUGCACUUCAAUUUGAUUAGCGGAUGCUUACUUGUUGACGGGAAGGAGCUGGGCAAGCUCCCUUCAACGAUAGUACAGCAUCCCACUUACCGAUCGAUUUUCGGCAAUAAAGUUCUGGACAUCGUUCCGGCUGAUAUUCGUGGAAUGGAAUAUGCGACACGCGGGAACUUCUGUGACCAUCAGGUGUCUUUUGCUCUCCGUGACUCGAACGAUCUCAUCAUCCGUGCAAAGCAUAAACACGACUCCACUAUCCUUCAGCUCAUUCCGAGCCAAAAAUUCGUGAACGACCUGCCGACCACCUUGGUUGUGGGUCAUAUUCAUUGGCUUAACCUGCGCACAAGUGAAAUUGAGAUUCGGCCAGCAGAAAAUGCGUGGAAAUCUUUAUCUGACAAUUGGGUCUUGCAAUUUGCUGUUUCGGGUUCCUCAACGAUGCAGAAUUCCAGUGGUGCCACACUUGUCGACAUACGCAGCAAAACGUGGGACAUGAUCUCCAAGAGGCUGCGUCCUCUAGAGGAUGCCGGCUUCAUCAUAGUCACAUAUAACAAAGCAUCCGGCAGCACUCCCUUGUUGAAGGCUGAUUUACCUCGAUAUGGCCUCGAAUUCUUCGUUGAUGAGGAUGGAAAUUUGCAGUCCCGUAACAUGCGCAACAUGGUCGUUGAUGUCAUUCAGUCUAGUGGCACCAUGUUUGGAUUGGUCAAUCAACUCAUCCUGCGCCCGAAGUUGCAAGUUACGGAUGAACAUCUUCGCACCGUCAUCAUUCCGGAUGGUCGUAUCUCAUACGCUGCUGAUGGUCACCAUGUCCGAGUCACCAUAGCUCCUGAAGGUACUCGAGUGACAUACCAGUUGUACAGGGUCGACACAGAUCUACGUUGUCUCACGGGGAACGCAGGUCUGACGAGUAAGCUCUAUCAGGCGCUCCUUCACGCUGUUACUAGCGGUUGUCUCCCUGAUCCCCUGACAGGUCGAACAGGGACAGAGGAAGCGUUGCAUCUCUUGCAUUCCGCAGCUUGCCGUUCAUUUAUGAAGCUUCGCUCUCGUGACACAGGUCUUUUACGCGAGAUCAGUUCGCUGUCAACCAGGCGCGUCUGGUAUCCCACUCAUCUUCAGAAGAUGCAGACAAUUUCGUGGUCUUGCCUUGCGCCCCUUGCACAGCACCACGGUUUUUAUCCAGCCGCGAAAUCUAUCAUGGACUACGGAAUGAAGCUUUCGACUUUCUCAGAAGGGUCUGCAAACCUUCGGGCUGCCUAUGAGCUUCCGCAGUUCACCAACCACCUUCUUGAGCGCGCGUCAGUUCGUGCUUCGGCGAUCUAUCCUGAUCAGUUUUCUCUUCCACUUCCGCUUGGUGAUACCGAUGUCAUCUAUGCUUCACGUCAUAUUCCCAACAAAAUCGCGGAAGAGAGGGCAUAUCAAAGCGCCUUCAUGGUACAUCAGUGGCCCAGCAGACUUCCAGUACAACGGAAUCUCGUCAGGUUAUUGGCUCAGUGGCAAAAUGUCAAGGGCGUUGGCGAGCCGCUCAGUUUGCAGUACUCUAAAGACUGGCUUCAACCGACUUUUCCGGACGUCUUCCUUUCUGCGUACGACUGCUGUCGUAGGGCUACAAGGGAAGACACAUUUCGGCUGGUGUUUACCCUGGCUUCGAUAUCAUACAGCUCGUUGAAUGAUCAUGCGCUCGUGCCAACGCUCCUAGCCUUCGCCACAGUUCCCGAAAUUCGCAGUCUGGAAGACCCACCGGACUUCACCUCCUAUAAUCUCUCGGACGGUUUGAUGCCGUCCGAUACGAGAUUGGACAAAAUCAUCAGUUCGUGCUCCAAAAAUUAUGAAACGAGCCAGGAGAGGCACCUACCUGCAAUGCCUGGCGAAACUGAAAAGGCUCUAAAGAAGCGCCGUCGUUCAGCUUUCCAAGACAGAUGUCUCUUUGAAAAGCAAGUCAUUCUCCGCAUGGUUCGGGAUAUCUGGCCAUGCGAAAAUUCUCCAGCACUUAGCAUGCUGCAAGUGACGUGCCACAAUCUCAAUGAACUACAAGGGAAACUUUCCCCAAUAUUUCGCAGCUGUUGGCGAAAUUGUUGCCUGAAGCUGCACCUGGAUGGCCUGCAGGAGAUACUCAACCGAUUCUACACGCCCGGACCUCCUUCGAAACUACCCUCUCAAUAUCAUCUUAAUGUCCGCCUUGAAAGCUCGAAUGUUGCAUCACCGGCCUCAUCUGUUAAUGCCCAGUACCUGUUCGAUAGAGAUCCGCCUAUGACAAACCCAUGGAAGUCUUCCCAAAUUCUACCCAACGUCAAUCGGAGAGAUUUGGUAUUUCCAGACUCUCAAGUCACAGCGAGGUUGCAACAGCUGAUCAACAGCUUUCGCGCCAGAGGAUGUGACAAGUUUCGCCUCAAAUACGCCGACGAUCUGGACCAGAGUCGGUCGAUUUACUGUGACGAGAAGAUUGUUGCUGUACCGGACUCCACACCGUAUACGAUGGAACUAUUGCUUCAGUACCACUCUCUCCAUAGCCAACAAUUUCAAUAUUCACUCGCAUCUAUCUUACAUGCCCUCUCCCCUGUCUCUGCUGCCGAGAACACGUUAUACAAUGCUGGAUUGUGGCCUCGAGUUACACCAAAUUUCCUUUUCACUCGCAUGGCUUCUGCAGCCGGAAGUUCUUUGGGGACGGCUUGGCGUGCUGCUCUUAUUCGGCUGUCGCAAACACUUUUGCAACUGCAACGCUCGCGAAGGCUGCUGGUCUUUGCUGUUAACAAGAACUGGGUCGAGUUCUUCAAGGAGUUGGAGAGCGAAGAAUGUGAGGUUGAUUCGCAGCAGUACCCUGACUGGCUUUUAAUACAGAUUGAAAGUCAGUUCCUGGCACGGCCAGUUCAGGUCAAGGUUGCGCUGGAGAUGAUGUCACCAUGCACGGGAAGAAACACUUCUCUCCAACUGAACAUGGGCGAAGGCAAAUCCUACGUUAUCGUUCCCCUCGUAGCAGCCGCACUUUCUGAUGGCCACAAACUGGUCCGAGUAAUCGUGCUGAAGUCGCUGUCGGCUCAGAUGUUCCAGCUCCUGGUCGAACGACUAAGCGGCCUUGCACAAAGGCGCAUUUUCUAUAUUCCAUUCUCCCGCGCCCUCUCUAUCAACUCGUCAAAAGUGCAAAUGUAUCGUGACCUGAUGCAAGAAUGCAUGGAUGCCAAGGGUGUCUUGGUCGUGCAACCGGACCAUAUCCUGUCGUUCCAGCUGAUGGCUGUCGACCGUCAGCUGUCCCUUCAGACUGAAGCUGCUAAAGAUAUGCUGCACACUCAUAUGCUACGGACUCAGCUAUGGCUCGACAAUCACACACGCGACAUCCUGGAUGAAAGUGAUGAAAUUCUGCACGUCCGCUACCAGCUGGUGUACACUGUGGGUUUCCAAAGGUCGCUUCAAGGUCAUCCAGAAAGGUGGACAACGACGCAACAAGUGCUGAGUCUCGUUGCGAAGCACGCUGCUCGGCUCAUAAGCGAAUUUCCCUCUCGUUCAGAAGUGUCCACUCGUGAGCACGGAGGGUUCCCCUUUCUUCGUGUUCUGCACCCGACAGCAGGUGAAGCAUUGGUCCGAUGGAUUGCAGAGGACGUCAUCAAUGGCGCCCUUGGAAACAUCAGCUUCGAUCAAGCAUCUCUUCCUGUGAAAGAAGCUGUUUGCCGCUUUAUCGUGACUGAGCAUAUAUCCAACGCUUGUGUCAGCAUAGUAGAGGAUCGCUAUAGACACACUACGGUCUGGCCAGGCCUCCUAGUCCUGCGUGGACUGCUGGCAUGUGGUAUCUUGGUGUACGCCCUCAAAGAACGCCGCUGGCGCGUCGACUAUGGCCUUGCCCCAAAACGAACUAUGCUAGCUGUUCCAUUUCGCGCAAAAGACAUGCCCUCGCUACGGGCAGAGUUUGGCCACCCGGACAUUGCUGUCACCCUCACGUGCCUGUCAUACUAUUACGGGGGUCUCACACUCCAGCAGUUGAUGUUGUGCUUCGAGCUCCUGCUGAAGCAAGAUAAUCCUACCCUCGAGUAUGAAUCCUGGGUUGCUGGACUUCAUUCCGUCCCAAAAAGUCUGCAUCAACUUAGUGGAAUCAAUACGGAGUCCACAGAGCAGCUCCAUGUCCUUCAACAACUGUUCGAAUCCAACAAGGCAGUCAUAGAUUUCUACCUUUCCCACGUAGUUUUUCCAAAGGAAGCAAAGGCAUUCCCUAGCAAGCUCACCUGCUCCGGGUGGGAUCUCGCUCAAGAGAAGAGACAUCUCACGACCGGCUUUUCUGGUACCAACGACAAUCGCUAUCUUUUACCAAGCUCGAUGGUGCAGCAUGACCUUGAUUACCAACGCAGCACAAAUGCCCGAGUCCUGGCGUUCCUUUUGCGCCCAGAAAACAAUUGCUACAGACCCAUACCGUCGGGCCAGAAGGUGCAACAUUUCAUCGAUACCUUAGUUGCACAAAUCCCCGAGGUCCGCGUGCUCCUGGAUGUGGGUGCACAGAUGCUGGAAUUGAAGAAUCAGGAGUUGGCCGAAGCCUGGCUUCGAGCCAAGCUCGACGCUCAAGCUGCAGUGUUUGUGAAUGACGAUGAUGAAAUUGUUGUUGUUAGUCGGGAUGGAUCAGUGGAGCCCCUUGUGUCGUCCCCCUUCGCCCAACAGCUCGACCAGUGCGUAGUAUAUCUGGACGACGCGCAUACCAGAGGAACGGAUGUCAAGCUGCCUUCUGGGUUUCGAGCUGCAGUCACACUUGGUCCGAAGGUCACGAAAGACCGCCUGACACAAGGAUGCAUGCGAAUGCGGAAGCUGGGCAAUGGACACUCAGUGAUGUUCUUCGCUCCGACUGAAGUUGACCGAAGUAUUCGCUUGGCAACUCAGAUGGCUGAUACAGACCGUCUUGACGUUGCAAAUAUCCUACACUGGGCGAUGCUCGAAACCUGUCUUGACAUUCAAAUGCGUUCAUUCCAUUGGGUUCAACAAGGAUCGGAUUUCAACACACGACAUUCCGCAUGGACUCAAUUCUCGCGCGUCCCUACCACUUCGAUUUCCACCCUGAAAACAGCCUGGUUGCAACCAGAGGAGCGCUCAUUAGAGGAUAUGUACGCACCACGCAGUCCUUCGCAAGUAUCCCUCGUUUGCGAUGCAGACAUCCGAAGGAAGUGUGAAGAGCUCGGAGUUCUGAUGGGACCCGAAAGGAGCAUGGAUGAGGAACAAGAAAGGGAGGUAGUCCACGAGGUAGAGAGAGAACGUCAAGUUCAAAGACCGUCCAAAGUACAACCUGCAGCUCAGGACCUGCAUGUGGACGUUUGUCAAUUUGUCAAGACCGGCCGAAUUCCCACAGGGUCCCCCGCAUUCAUUUCAGCGCUGUCUAGCCUUGUCAACACCACUGCUGGAUUUCAUGAGGGCGACCAGUGGGCACACAAUGUUUUAGUCACCCGUGACUUCGCUCGUACGGUGGGAACUUCCCUUACCAAGCAGAAAGUGGAUGAAUACCUGCGUCCCGUCAACUGGAUCGUAUCCAGUGACAUUGGAGUGUUGGUAGUCAUGAGCCCGUACGAAGUAAACACGCUGCUGCCUGAUAUCCGCAACAGCAACGCAGUUCAAUUAUAUGUCUAUACCCCUCGGACCACAAACACGAUGAAGGCAUGCGAUGAUCUUCGACUCUACCGUGUUCCUUCGACGCCACAUCUGAGACCAUCGAAAUUGCUAAUUUGCCAGCUCAACUUGUUUGCGGGUCAACUCUACUUCUCGAGUUACGAGAUGUACCUCAGCACUUGCAACUUCUUAGGGCUCAACGCGCCCGAUCUGGUGGACGAGGACUUGAUAGCCGACAGUGAUGGAUUCAUCAGGGAGGAGAAUCGCCCUUCUGCGAGAGCAUCGUGUUCGUUCAAGCGAUCCCAGCUUCCUCCGCUGAAGGAGUUGAUUGGAAUGAGAAGGAAAGGCAUGGGGUAUAUGCCAACUCACCUCGGAAAGAUGUUCAAUGGUCGCAUUCUGACCGAAGGGGAUUUUCUUGACUGAGCGCCAGGUCUAUUUAGCCAAUUGUGUCAACACUAGCCUUCAUAAUCUAAUUCUGUGAUGUUCUUCAUGGAUGUACUAUUUGUAGUCAGAUCUGAAACGACGUCCUGCCGCGUCACAUACCUACACGUCAAUCAGAA